UCCGUGCACGCGCCCGUUAUGGUCGCGUGCGACGGAGCAGUCCCACACGCGGCUGGCUGUUCCAUCUCUCCCCCUGUCCCCCCUCCCACCGCGACAAGAACGGGAUGCCCCCGCUGAGGCGCUGACCCCCCCUCCCUUCCCUCCCCGCUCCGGUUGAUCCGCGCGCUCGCUCCGGUUCGUUCCCGGUGAAGAUGGCGGCGGGGGCCGGCUGGCAGCCCUCCUUCAGCUCCGCGAGCGCCGCCAAAUUCAUCGCGCCCCCCCCGUCCGGGCUGACGCUGGAGUACACGCGGGACCUGCACCUGAAGAUGAGCAAGAAGAUCGCGCAGCUCACCAAGGUCAUCUACGCGCUCAACACCAAGAACGACGAACACGAGGAGGAGAUCGAGUCUCUGAAGGAGGCGCAUGAGGACGAGGUCCAGCACAUCGUGACAGAAACCAGAGAUAAGAUCAUGCAGUACAAGACCAAGAUGGCGGACGAGGCCGACCUGCGGCGCCGGCUGGCCAGCCUGGAGGAGUCUGUGGAGCUUCACGAGCACAUGAAGAGACAGGCUCUGGCGGAGUUUGAGAUGUACCGGCAGAGGAUGGAGGACUCGCAGCUCUGCACCGAGGCGCAGCACACGCAGAGGGUGGUGUCCAUGAGCAGGGAGGUCAGCCGCAGUCUGUGCACGUGUGAGCGUGCACUAACCCUUCUGCAGGUGGAGGAGAUGCGGCGGGACUUUGAGGAGAAGCUGCGAGCCUUCAGCCAGGCUCAGGCCCAGUUUGAGGCGGAAAAACGGCGAGCGCUCGACGAUCUGAGGGCCACCCACCGCCACGAGGUGGAGGAGCUCCGCCACAACCAGCAGAACCAGAGCGCCACCUCCUCAGAAGACCAGGAGCGGAUGGCGGAGCUUCACCGGCAGGAGGUGGAGGCUCUGAUGGAGAGGGUGGAGGACAUCACCAAGGACAAGGUCCGCCUGGUGGAGGAGUAUGAGGGGAAGCUGGCCAAGGCUCAGGAGUACUACGAGAGGGAGCUGGAGGCCAUGAGGAGGACGCACCAGCUCACCACGGAGAACCUGCUGGCCUGGAAGAGAACCGAGGUGGAGCUCCGGAAGGAGUUCCAAGCUCAGGAGGCGGCGCUGCAGCGCUCCCUGUCAAAGCUGAGGAGCGAGCUCCAGAAGGCUCAGGAGGAGGCGCGUGAGAACCGAGACAAGACCAACAGGCUGCAGACGUCGCUGGCCAACGCCGAGGGAACCAUCAAGAACCUCCACAAGCAGCUGGAGGAGGCCAUCCAGGACGGUGAGAUCUGGGUGAUGCAGCUGAAGGACACGGAGUACGAGCUGGAGAGCAGCAGGGAGCGCGUGCAGCAGCAGGCCACCGAGAUCCUGCACAAGGCCGGUCAGAUCGGUUCCCUGCAGGCCACACAGAUGGCCCACGAGGCCACCAUCCGGAACCUGGACCAGGACCAGACCCGGCUGAAGGAGAAGAUCAGCCGGCUGGAGGAGGAGCGGGAGGCUCUGCUCAACCAGAGCCAGCUCCUCAGCGAGCAGCACAAACAGCAGGUGCUGAAGCUGGAGCAGUCUCUGCGGGAGGACCAUCAGGGCUACGAGAAGGAGCUGUCCAGGCUGAGAGCCCACUAUGAGGAGGAGACGCUGAGGUUCAAGGAGGCGCAGCUCAGAGCCCUGGAGGAGCUGGAGGAGAAGCACCGGACCAUCAGGGAGGAGGCCCUGCAGGAGAAGGAGGAGGAGAAGAAACUCCUCAUCACAAAAAUGAGUCAGGAGUUUGACAUCAAACGUCUGUCGUUGGAGGAGCAGAGGGACCGCCUCCAGCAGCAGCUGGACAACCUGAAGGAGGAGCUCUCAGCCAAAGUCAACAUGGCCAAUCAGGAGGUGUCCCACCUCCAGGAGCUGGUGAGGGAGAAGGAGCAGAACCUCAGCUCAGCGCAGACGCAGAUCAGCUGCCUGAAGGAGACGCAGGAGAAGCUGAGAACCGAGCUGGACGCCACCAGGGCCCGCGUCCGGGAGACCAGCAACCUGCUGACCGACCUCCAGGAGGAGAUCGAGACCCAGAAGCAGCAGCACGAGGCCAGAGUCAUGUCCAUCCGGACCGAGGAGAAGCAGAAGAUGGACAAGAUGGCGGACGACCUGGACCAGAAAUGGAGAGACGCUCUGCGAGAGGAGGUGCGGCUGCUGAAGGAGGAGCUGACAGAGGAGUACGAGGCCGACAAGCAGGCGGCUCUGACGCAGCUGUCCCAGCAGAAGGAGAUCGAGAUGAUGGCGGCCAGAGAGAGCUGGCAGAGGAAGGUGGAGGACCUGCUGGAACAGAUCUCCCUGCUGAAACAGUCUCUGGAGCUGCAGCUCUCGCAGUCGCAGGCGGCGCUACAGAAGCUGCAGUCUCAGUUCAGCCAGGAGAGGGAGCUCCUGAGCCAGCAGCUUAAAGAGAUGCAGAGGGAGCAUCAGAGGAGGGAGCACCGGCUGCAGGAGGCGCACUGCUGCGCCCUCAGCACCAUGGAGGAGGCCCGGCAGCACCAGAUCAGAGCCCUCGAGGAGCGUCUGAAGCAGGAGCAGAGGGAGGAGGUCCACGCGCUAAAGGAGGCCCACAGGAGAACCCUAGAAAUCCUGCGGCAGCAGUCAGAACAAGAACUGCAGACUCUGCGCUUCGAGCUGGAGGACGAAGGAAAAGCCAAGCUGGCCUCCCUGCGCGCCGAGCUGAACCACCUCCACGCCGCGGCCAUCGAGCACCUGAAGCACGUCCACAUGAAGGAGAACGCGGCGGCGAAGCGGGAGCUGGACAAAGUCAGGGAGCAGAACCACAAAAAGGUAGCUUGGAUGGAGCAAGAGCUCCUCGUUCGCGUCUCCGACCUGGAGGCGGAGAUGUGUUCCCGUAGCAACCGCAUCACCGACCUGGACCACGAGAUCCACGCCCUGAACCAGACCAUCGACACUCUGACCAGAGAGCUGGAGCUGAAGGGCAAAGAGGUUCUGAGGGUCCGCAGCGAGGCCAACCACCAGAUAAGGGCCCACGAGCAGGACCUCACUAAGAGACACGAGCGGGACCUGGGGGAGCUGAACGUGGCUCAUCACCGGGAGACGCAGAUCCUGCUGGCCGACUUCAACAAGGCCCAGGAGGUCCUGAAGGACAAGAUCUCCGCCCUGCAGAUACUGCUGGAGGGGACGGAGGAGAAGAUGCGGAACCGAGAGAGCCGGCCGGAGGACCUCCACCUGAUCGCCGAGCUCAGAGAGAUGGUCAGCGAGCGGGAAGCUCUGGUCAAGAAGCUGGUGGACGAUAAGAAGUUCUACCAGCUGGAGCUGGUCAACAGGGAGAGCAGCUUCAACAAGGUCUUCAACUCCAGCGCCAACGUCGGCGUCAUCAACCCUCUGAUCAAGUCUAAAAAGGGCGGCCAAUCAGAUCGCCGCCUCAACAGCUUCCCUAGCCACUCCGCUCUGCGAUUCGUCAGCCCCCCAACCACGAGUCAGGAGGGCCAGGAGGAGGCGGGACGGGAGGUGGAGGAGGUAGGACCAGGAGGCCAAACUGGGUCUCCUCACUCCCCCCUCCAGAGGUCUCUCCCCCAGUCCUUCCUGAAGCCGACGUCGAGGCGCCAUCACACCUGAGGGAGGCGGGGCAAAGCAGAAUGGGGGCGGAGCUUCCCUCUCAGUCCUUCUCCUUCUCAAUGCAAAAAAUGUUCCCCAGUUCUGUCAAAAACGGAGGUGAGGGACAGGAAGCUGAAGCUGGAGACCGCCGCUGUUUGAUCGCCCGCAUUGCUCCAACCAUGGCCAUGAUGGGGGGGGGUUGUUGUAGGAGGAGCUGAGGUGUCCAAAGUCUAAAGGCCCGUACACACCGGGACGAAUUUCGCCGACGUUUAACACCUCGUGACUAAACAAAGGGCACCAAUGAGAGUGUGCACACCGCCGCGAAAAA